GCCAGAUCAGCGCUUACCCGCAUAUGACCAGUCUGGGAGCUCGGUAAGGGGCCCGUAGCCGGAGGGGUUGGCAGCCAGUCCCUGCCUGUGUGGAGAAAAACAGAUCUGUGAGGACCUAGCCCAGCUUCUGGUCCCCCAGGUGCCCUCAUCCCAGCACUCACUGUAGUCGCCACUGGCCGCCCGCCCAAGCGGCUGCGCUGCAGUGCAGCCUCCGGACACCUGCUGGGAGAACAGAGCAGAGUUGGGGGAGAGGCCGCGCAGCCGGAUCAGGGGUCCUGUGCCCGUCCCCAAAGGGCCCCCGAGUCCACGGUCCCUAUCUAUACCCACUCACUGAAGAGAACAGUCCCUAAAGCAGCCAUGCUGAGCAGGAGUAGCCGGGGUAGCCGGAAGUAGGCGUGGCCUCGGUGGCCGCGCGCGACGCUAUCGGGGAAGCAGGAAGUCGCCAUCUUGAAUCUGGGUUUUCAAUCACGGGCUCCGCCAUCUUGGGUCAUCGUACGGAAAGAGAGACAAAACUGCAGUACAGGUUUUUGAGGUGAAAACGAAUUGUCGUUCAGCGCAUGCAUUCUCAGUGGAAGUCGUGUCCUCCCAGAUUAAGCCGUUCUGAACAGUUCCCACAACCUCCCUACAGCGGUCUCUAGUUCAUUGAAAUUGAUAUUAAUAGUAACUUUGAUCUCAGGGGUAACAUCCACGUCAUUCUACAGAUCCUCGCAUCACUGUAACACAGUUUUCCUAGACUAAGAAAAGUAAUCAAAUCUAGAGUUAAUCGGAAAUUGGGCCAGCCUGGGCAACAUGGCGAAACUCCCUCUCUACAAAAAAAUGAAAAAUUAGCUGGGUGUGGUGGCGCAUGCCUGUGGUCCCAGCUACUUGGGAGGCUGAGGUGGGAGGAUGGCUUGAGCCUGGGAGGCCAAAGGCUGCAGUAAGCAGAGAUCAUGCCACUGCACUCCAGUCUAGGUAACAGAGCGAGACCUUGUCUCAAAAAAAAUUCUGUGUGAUAAGUGCUGUAUUAGGCGUAGAUUUUAUGGAGAACAAAACCAGACAUCAAUAUCCUGAUAGAGCUCUCGGUAUAAAAGAAACAAGACAGGCCAGGUGCAGUGGCUCACACUUGUAAUCCCAGCACUUUGGGAGGCUGAGGCUGGCGGAUCACCUGAGGUUGGGAGUUCGAGACCAGCCUGACCAACAUGGAGAAACCCUGUCUCUACUAAAAAUACAAAAUUAGCCAGGCAUGGUGGCACAUGCCUGUAAUCCCAGCUACUCGGGAGGCUGAGGCAGGAGAAUUGCUUGAACCCGGGAGGCAGAGGUUGUGGUGAUCCGAGAAUGCGCCAUUGUACUCCAGUCUGGGCAAGAAGAGUGAAACUCCAACUAAAAAAAAAAAAGAGACAAUCAAAUGAUGACAUACAUGAAUAUUGUCAUUGAGUGCUGGGAAAGGAAAUACAUGUUGUUUGUGAGUUUAUAGUGUGAACUUGAUCUACAGUAGACCAUCAAAGAUGACUUUCCUGAGAAAGAGGUAUUGUAUUGGAGCUAAGAUGUGACAUUCCAUUUUUAUAAGUGCUACCACCGCACAUUGCUUAAUAUUAUCCUUGCAACAACCCUGUGAGAGCUGUCAAAUCUCUGCUAUAUCAGUACUGGCUAAAUUAGGUGUUAAAUGAUUGAGCUUCAAGAUGGGCAAAUCAUGACUUCGGACUACAUUCCUCCUUGCCUGGCGGCUGGGAAAUUCCGUAAGCUCUGUGUGUUUCUAUCAGACUGGUCUUGAAGGCGGUGGCUCUCCGUGGAUCUCCGCAGAGCGCCAACGUUGGCUUAAAAAAACCUCAAAGCUAGAUUGUCCAAAAGGUAUAUAAAAGGUUCGCGCUGCUGCUAAGACUUCAGAUGAAAGAUGCUCCGGGGACUCCGGUAUCCUGGGCCCCCUCGGCCCGGACAUUUUUGAUUAAGCGCUGCCUCCUGGCGGCGGCUUUGCUGCCCGACGCCUUCCCAGCUUAGUGGAGCCCACUUUCUUUGGCAUUUGUCUGGCCUUCCCUUUUACUGCUGGCUGGGAAGGAGGAGCAUCAGACCACAGAUCCUGGAAGGCACUUCUCUCCCUGACUGCUGCUCACACUGCCGUGAGAACCUGCUUAUAUCCAGGACCAAGGAGGCAAUGCCAGGAAGCUGGUGAAGGGUUUCCUCUCCUCCACCAUGGUUGACAGCACUGAGUAUGAAGUGGCCUCCCAGCCUGAGGUGGAAACCUCCCCUUUGGGUGAUGGGGCCAGCCCGGGGCCAGAGCAGGUGAAGCUGAAGAAGGAGAUCUCACUGCUUAACGGCGUGUGCCUGAUUGUGGGGAACAUGAUCGGCUCGGGCAUCUUUGUUUCCCCCAAGGGUGUGCUCAUAUACAGUGCCUCCUUUGGUCUCUCUCUGGUCAUCUGGGCUGUCGGGGGCCUCUUCUCCGUCUUUGGGGCCCUUUGUUAUGCGGAACUCGGCACCACCAUUAAGAAAUCUGGGGCCAGCUAUGCCUAUAUCCUGGAGGCCUUUGGAGGAUUCCUUGCUUUCAUCAGACUCUGGACCUCCCUGCUCAUCAUUGAGCCCACCAGCCAGGCCAUCAUUGCCAUCACCUUUGCCAACUACAUGGUACAGCCUCUCUUCCCGAGCUGCUUCGCCCCUUAUGCUGCCAGCCGCCUGCUGGCUGCUGCCUGCAUCUGUCUCUUAACCUUCAUUAACUGUGCCUAUGUCAAAUGGGGAACCCUGGUACAAGAUAUUUUCACCUAUGCUAAAGUAUUGGCACUGAUCGCGGUCAUCGUUGCAGGCAUUGUUAGACUUGGCCAGGGAGCCUCCACUCAUUUUGAGAAUUCCUUUGAGGGUUCAUCAUUUGCAGUGGGUGACAUUGCCCUGGCACUGUACUCAGCUCUGUUCUCCUACUCAGGCUGGGACACCCUCAACUAUGUCACUGAAGAGAUCAAGAAUCCUGAGAGGAACCUGCCCCUCUCCAUUGGCAUCUCCAUGCCCAUUGUCACCAUCAUCUAUAUCUUGACCAAUGUGGCCUAUUAUACUGUGCUAGACAUGAGAGACAUCUUGGCCAGUGAUGCUGUUGCUGUGACUUUUGCAGAUCAGAUAUUUGGAAUAUUUAACUGGAUAAUUCCACUGUCAGUUGCAUUAUCCUGUUUUGGUGGCCUCAAUGCCUCCAUUGUGGCUGCUUCUAGGCUUUUCUUUGUGGGCUCAAGAGAAGGCCAUCUCCCUGAUGCCAUCUGCAUGAUCCAUGUUGAGCGGUUCACACCAGUGCCUUCUCUGCUCUUCAAUGGUAUCAUGGCAUUGAUCUACUUGUGCGUGGAAGACAUCUUCCAGCUCAUUAACUACUACAGCUUCAGCUACUGGUUCUUUGUGGGGCUUUCUAUUGUGGGUCAGCUUUACCUGCGCUGGAAGGAGCCUGAUCGACCUCGUCCCCUCAAGCUCAGCGUUUUCUUCCCGAUUGUCUUCUGCCUCUGCACCAUCUUCCUGGUGGCUGUUCCACUUUACAGUGAUACUAUCAACUCCCUCAUCGGCAUUGCCAUUGCCCUCUCAGGCCUGCCCUUUUACUUCCUCAUCAUCAGAGUGCCAGAACAUAAGCGACCGCUUUACCUCCGAAGGAUCGUGGGGUCUGCCACAAGGUACCUCCAGGUCCUGUGUAUGUCAGUUGCUGCAGAAAUGGAUUUGGAAGAUGGAGGAGAGAUGCCCAAGCAACGGGAUCCCAAGUCUAACUAAACACCAUCUGGAAUCCUGAUGUGGAAAGCAGGGGUUUCUGGUCUACUGGCUAGAGCUAAGGAAGUUGAAAAGGAAAGCUCACUUCUUUGGAGGCACCUGUCCAGAAGCCUGGCCUAGGCAGCUUCAACCUUUGAACUUACUUUUUGAAAUGAAAAGUAAUUUAUUUGUUUUGCUACAUACUGUUCCAGACUUUUAAAGGGGACAAUAAAGGUGACUGUGGGGAGGAGCAUGGCAGGUUUGGGCUUGGUUGUUUUAGAAGCACCUGGGUGUGCCUACCUACUCCUCUUUUCUUUUAAAAGGGCCCACAAUGCUCCAAUUUCCUGUCUCCUUUAGAGAGACAUGAAACUAUCACAGGUGCUGGAUGCCAAUAAAAGUUUAUGUUCCUAAA